AUCUUUCGUUUUCUUGAUCGAACACCACUUAACGCAAUAGUAAUCAUAAGUUAUCUUGUAAUAUGGACGCUUUAGAUACGUUAGAGAUAUCUCAAACAAAUCGCCAAAAUAAUGGCACUGUAAUUUUCUUACAUGGAGCAGGAGGUAGCGGAGAAUCUCUAGCCGAAUGGUUGGAAUGGGUGAUGAAGCAGAGAUUUUCUUUCUCUCACUUGAAAAUUAUUUAUCCUACUGCACCUGAAAUAUUGUACAAGGCAGCUGGAAAUCAGUUGUGCAAUAUUUGGUUCGAUUGGGAAAAAAUUGAUAUAAAUUUUUCUGAAAAUUUGUCAAGUAUCGACAAGAUGUGUAAGAAAAUAGAUGGAAUUAUCGAGGAUGAAGUUUCUUCUGGAUUGAAUGUGGAGAAUAUAAUAAUUGGAGGCUUAUCUAUGGGUGGUAUAAUGGCAAUGCAUUAUUGCUUAAGACAUAGAUGUGACAUAAAAAAUAUGUUCAUUCUAUCAACAUUUCUUCCAAGAAACUCUGCAGUCUACAAGUGUCUGGCCGAUACUCCAAAUGAAAAACGUCCAAGAGUAUUUCAGUGUCAUGGUUCUAUUGACAAGCUAAUACCUGAAGCUUGGGGUAAAGAAACGUAUGAAACAUUGAAAUCGCUGGCCUCUUCUAGCUGGAAAAUUGCUACCGGACUACUAGACUUACGUGACUCAGUUUUAAAGCCGAAUGGAAUUUUAGGUUGUUCUGUUAACUAUUGUAAAAAUGGUGGAACUUGUGUUCCAAGUUUAUUAAGUAGUUGUAUUUGCCCAAGGAAUUUCAAAGGGUCUAAAUGCGAAAUUGAGAUAAAGCGGAAUGUUUCUGAAUUAUCUGUUGGAGAAUAUAUUGGCUGCUCUAAAUAUGAGCAUGCUAAAAACACGCUAAAAAAUAUUCUAAGUUUAAGUAAACGGAAGGGAACAGCUAGUCAGUGUAUUUCUCAUUGUAAGAAGAGUAAUUAUACUCUUGCUACAGUUCAUGUGGGCAAAAUAUACCGUAUGUGCGGUUGUUCAUCUAAAAUGCCCAAAAAAUUUAAAGGAAAAUGCAACUAUCAAUGUCCAGGAGACAAGAGUGAGGAGUGUGGAGGAAAAUCUUCAUUAAGUGUAUACGCCACAGGAAAUAUUUCUAAUAGCUGUCCAGAUUUUACAUACUGUACAAAACAAUGCCUGUAUGGGUAUAAAGUUGAUCCGUAUACUGAUUGUUUUAGAUGUCAAUGUGAAAAAGAUCCAUGUAAAAAUAUGAUUUGUCCAAGAAAUCAAGUAUGUAAAGCAAACCUUGAUGACUGUGCAUCAAUUCCAUGUGGAAAAGUUUCAGCGCAAUGCUAUGCUCCCUUGUCAAGGGAUAAGGAUUGCCCACGUGUAAGGUGUAGAUUAGUAUGCAUACACGGUUAUUUGUCGGAUGAGAAAGGCUGCGAAAUUUGUUCAUGCAACACAGAUCCUUGUAAAGGAAUCAAGUGUCCUGACCAGUAUGUGUGCAUCGAGGAGUCAACAUUGUGUGAAGCUGGAAAUCGCUUCUGUAGUCAACAUAAUCUUUACAUCAAUGCGACAAGUUUUAAUGAAUUUCUGCACGGUAAUAUAACACAAAAGGGAGGACCAGGAGCUUGGGGUAAAAAUUUAAGAAAUAUAGACCCAGGUAAAGUUUGGGGAAAACAAAAAGGAAAGAGAAGAGGAAAGAAAGGAUGGGUCAAAAACAUUUUGCGAAAAACAAAAGGUGUUUGUAGAGCAACAGUCAAAAAAGGCAGCUGUCCUCUUGAUUUGACAUAUGACUACGCAACAUAUCCCACUGAUAUCUACGACAGCGAUGGAAAAGAUAGCUGGUGUGCACAGGAAUGUGAAUCAGAUAUAGAUUGCUCCGGAAUAUUAAAAUGCUGCCAAAAUGAAUGUGGUAGUCAGUGUGUUAUACCUGAUUUAGAAGAUAUAACAUUUUGCCAGGUGCAAAGGGAAGAAGCUAUCACUACAAAUUCAUCCUUUGUUCCGGAAUGCGAUGAAGAGGGAAAUUUCGAGCCUGUUCAAUGUCGAAAAUUAGGUGUAGGAAAAAAUUGGAGAGGAUUUAACAAGGGGUCUGGAAAACGAGGGUAUCACUGGCAAGUCUGGGGUAACCGAACAAUUAUAUUUGGAAGAAACAAAAAUAAAUCCGACGAAAGAGGACAGAGAGGUAAAGGUCGUGGAGAACGAAGAGGAUGGAAAGGAAAUAAAGGUAACUUUUUGAAGCAUAGUGAAAUAUGCUGGUGUGUUGACGUAGGGACUGGAGAACAAAACAAAUUCGAAAUUGGCUUUAAUAAAACAGCAUUGAAAUGUGAUGAAUUACCGCUAAAUGAAUGUCAAGUUAAAACAUGUAUGAUGGAGAACGGACGUGAGGAAAAAAAAUGUGAAUUUGGGUUUGAAACUGAUGAUGUUGGAUGUCCAUCUUGUCUAUGUAAAGAAAAUCCUUGCAGCAAUUAUCCCUGUAAAGAUGGUCGCAUUUGCGAGUUAGUUCGAGUCAGCUGUAAUGAUGCUACAGAUUGUCAGCCAAUACCUGUUUGUUUUGAACCAAAUUAUGGCAACGUUGCUUGUCCAAAGGGUGAAGUUUAUAGAGAUCUUAAAAGCGCAAGAAUUGUAACUUGUAACAAUUAUAAGUCUGAUUCUACGUGGCCAAAUUCGCUUUUUGCGGGUAUCUUAGGCAGGGCUGCUAUUUUAAAGGAUGAUCCAGCUGCUACUUUUCAAAAUCAGACAAAUGUUUGUCCCAAAAAAUACAAAUGUCUUUAUGACAAGAAAACGGGGUUAGGUGUUUGUUGUCCAAACACGGAUAACGACGAUAGGCUUUUGAAGUGUCAACAACCCAAAAAGCCUGGGAACUGUAAUAAUAACAACAAAUAUGUUACACGUUACUUCUUUAAUACAAAGUCCAAAGUAUGUGAAUCGUUUUCCUAUUCUGGCUGUGAUGGAAAUAGUAACAAUUUUGAAACUUAUAAGAAAUGCAAAGAUUAUUGUGAAGAUAAACCUGGAAUAUGUCCUUGGAAAUCCAGCUAUAUCCAUUACUAUUACAGACGCUCUUAUAAAAAAGAAUGCAGUCAUGAUUUAGACUGUAAAGAAGAUCGUAAAUGUUGUAAAUCAGCCUUUGGUCAAAGAUGCAUGAAUCCUCUUAUAAACUCAACUGGUUCUUGCGCCAAAGCUAAAGAAGCAGCCAUUCAAGUAUUGAAAGCAUCUCCAAGUUCCCCAAUUAUGAUUCCACGAUGCAAGUUAUCAGGAGAAUGGGGGGAAAUUCAAUGCUUAGAUUCACUAGGAGUUUGUUGGUGCGUCGAUAAAAAUGGAAAGCAGAUAAAAGGAACAGUAGUUAGGGGAAGGCCUAAUUGUAACUCUACAACUUCUGAUGAUAGUAUUUGUCCACCUGAUACAACGAUUAGAAAAUGCAGUUAUAAUCUAUGUGCAAGACUUACUUGCCCCGGUAAUCCUCUCGCUGUUUGCAGAAUAGACCCAUGCGGACAUUGUCGACCUAAAUUCUUUGAUACCAAAAACAGGGAGGUUGACUGCAAAGACAAUUUGCAGCCGUGCGAACGUCGUAAAUAUACUGGUAGAUUAAAAGCAAGAGAAUUUAGUGGAAGAUUAUAUGGAAAUCAGAGUCUUUAUCAAUAUUCUAAUAAAUAUUAUACACCUACUCACACACAUCCUGCAAUUGGAGAGAAAAGAGGAAAUAGAAUCAUUUACGACGACUUAUGGUAUUACGAUAGAGAUAGAUUUAUAUCAACUAACCAAUUAUGGAAUCACAAUUGUCCGACUUACAAGAUCAUCUAUUACCGGUCAACGUCAGGCUGCACGCAUGAAUGUUCUAAAAAUAGUGACUGUUUAUCCGGUACUAUUUGCUGUUAUGAAAAAUGCGCAAGAAAAUGUGUUCAACCAGCGCCAAGUGUUUGUGACAUGCCCCCGAAAAUUAAAUGCAGAAAAACUAAAGAUAGAGGCAUAAUAUAUAACGAUUACUUGUUUCUUUACAAUUAUGAAACAUACUAUUUUGAUAAACAAAGUAGCAGAUGUAAAAAGCUAGCAAAUGCAACAAACUGCUCACUUUCAGGAAAAAAUAAAUUCUCAACUGAACAAGAAUGCCUUGCAAAAUGUAGCAGCUACCAUUACAUGCAAGACGUUAUUUCGCUUCAAUGUAUCAACAAAAAAUUCAAAUCUAAGCAAUGUUAUAGCGGAUUUUGCUGGUGUAUUACGCAAGAUGGUAAACCAGUUGAAGGUACACUGACUAAGGCAAGUCUCAAAUGUACUGCUGAUGGACAAAUUGAAGAUCGCAAUAACUUUGUUCCCGUUAUCUGUCCUGAUAAUAGAAAACCUAAAAUCUGUCAAGAUGAUUGUCUAAAAGCCAGUUGUGCUCCCAGAAGGUCCGGGGUGACUUGUCUGGCUGAUCCGUGUAAUAAUUGUAAGGUGUCCUUUAAAACAAGGUACUCUAUGAAAAAUGUUACAUGCAAAGAUUUGGAAGCAUGCGAAUGGUCUUGCGGUGGAAAUUUAUGUAAGAAUGGUGAAACCCCAAAAAUAUGUCCCGAUGCAUGCAAAGAUGCCGUAUGCCUGAAGUUUCCGGAAGCACUAUGCUAUACCGACCCUUGUACUUGCAAGCCGACUUUUAUUAGUGUAAAAUAUAAUGGUCCGAUCUCCUGCACAGAAGAUACAACACCAUGUCAACGCAUGGUUAUUGAUACAGAAAGGAUACAUCUGCUUUCCCGAAAUUCCAAUAUCACAAAUAAACCAUUUGUCCCUGAGUGCGAUGAAAAUGGAAAUUUCAAACCUUUGCAAUGUCAUAUGUCAAUGCAUGUUUGUUGGUGUGUUACUGAACAGGGUUUCGAGAUAAACGGAACUAAAGCAUUACUGACAGCUGGCGACAGAAAACCAUCGUGUAACAAAGAAACCGGUAAGGUUGAGAGAGCUAGUGUUACUAUUAUAAUGCAAGACGACUUUAAUCUAAUAAAAAACGACUUAACUACAUUUAGCAAUAUUUGGCGUCAAGAAUUGCUGAAGAUCCUGGAAAUCGGAGAUGAUAACAUAAGAGAUAUGGCACUAACCUCUGGUAGCAUCCAUUUAUCGUUUAAUGUCCUUGCUGAUCACGUCCAUGAUCUUUGGAAUGGAAUUUCCUUACUGCGAGAAUUAACUUUCUUCGGAAAAUUAUUUGUUUCAUACAAUGAUAAAAAAUUUGUAGCUGCAGAUAUUCAAACAAAUUUGACACAGUUCGGUUCAACACCUACAAUGUCCCCAGACUCAAGAACCACACCUCAACCCACUCACGCGCGUAUUAUUAAGGAAAAUGAUAAAGUUGUUGUGAAAGAAGAGGGGUCAAUGACUGUUUACAUAAUUGCUGGCAUUGGUGCUAUACUUGCGGUCAUUUGCCUUUGUUUACUCGCCGCCUUUAUAAUAAGGCGCCGACUGGCGGGAGUAAACAACGAUGCACCUAUGUCAUUUAGCAAUAAUAUUUACGAGCCAAGUAAAAGAGAAGGACAAGUAAACAUCACACAAGAUAAUACCGAUUCAACGGCGUGA